AUGAAGAUCAACGUAGUUUCAGCUAUUUUUAUUAUUUUUUCUCUUUGCCUUUUUAACAAUGCUUACGGAAAAGCUAGUUCCAAAAAUGUUAUUAAAAAAUCAGCAGAACCUAUAAUUGACGUACAAGAAUUAAUUAGUGAUAUGGUUAAGAAAGAAGAAGACAUUGUUCAAUUGACAAAAAAUAAAAAAUCUUUAAGAAGAAUCAAUAUAGCUCUUGCCACAGCAUUAAGUGUUGUAUCAGCAUUAUUAGUUGGAAGUACUGGAUUAGUUAUGUACAAUUCUGGCAAGGGAAGACGCCCAUUCCAACUUGGAGGAUCCAAAGAUGCAUCUGAAGAUGCUGCUUCAUCAGAAAAUGAUCAAUCUACUACAAACCCACUCGCAUCUCUUAGAGCACCAGUAAACAUUGAAGCUGCAGGUAAAAACAUCAUGGAUGCCCUCAAAAAAUCAUCACUCGAUGGUAACACUCUUUCAGCAACUAAUGUUUAA